AUGUGUAACCCAGUAAACCAGCCAGAGAACCUCCAGGACAUUCAAGAGCCCGAUAUCGACUGGGAUGACUACACACCUGAUGCUGACGGUGUUGUUGUGGUCCCAGAGUUUAACUGUCCCUUGGAUGACGAGGCGUACACUAGACUCAAGUUGUACUUAGAUGAAAACCGCGCGAACACGCGCACUAGAGAGCUCUACCUGUUGUGCAGAGAGUGUGUACAUAUGGGACAGUGA